AUGACUCAGAAUGACGAAACUGACGACUUUGGAUUUGACUUGGGAGAUGGAGAAUUUGGGAUGGAGAAUCAGAUGUCGUCUGUCGUUGAUGGCGUGGUUAAUGGGCAUCUAGAAGACUCAUUUUAUGACUCACCGUAUAUCAGGGAUGUGUCAACGAAAUACCAGUACACACCAACAACGCAAAUAGAAAUGAUUGCCUGUUUACGUACAAUACGAGUUUUAUUUUUUGUGCGUCUUAUGGUUGAACAAUAUAAGAAAAAGAGUGAACUAAAAAAUCAAAUAUCAGACAACCAUCCAAGAUAUCCAGUACCAGUAUUUUCACAAUCAGAUCUAGUGCACAUAACAGAUGAUAUUGAGUAUGAUGAAGGUUAUUUUAAUUACAGUGUUUACAAUCUUCCAAUAGAUGAUCAGCAUGUACCAUCUUUAAGAGAUAUUAUCUUAUUCUGUGAGAAUGUAAAGGAAUGGUUGCAAUCUGAUGAACAUAACGUUGCCAUACUACACGGUGAUGGCGGGAAAGGUGCAAUUGGUCUAAUGAUGAGUGUUUUAUUGUUAAAUUAUGGACUUUAUGAACAAACUAAGGAAUCACUGUAUGAUUUUUGUGGAAGAUGCGAUUUCAAUUAUCCAGUAGAAACACCGAGUCAAUGCCAAUAUGUGGAGUAUUAUAAACAGGUCAAGGAAAUACACAAUGGUAUAUUGCCAACGCAAAGAGAAACUAAACUUAAAGCAAUUCAUUUAGAAGCAAUAUCAGGUAUUGGUAAAGGUGACGGAAGAGAUUUAUACUUUGAAAUUAUUUACAACGAGUUUGAAAUAUUUGAAUUGCGACUCGACUCAAACUGCAACUGUCAGAGUGCAUAUGAUAACGAGUCUGACAGCGUCAUUAUACAUGUGACAAAUUCACCUGUUCUAUCGGGAGACAUUAAAGUUAUAUGCCAUUCAACCAUGGACACUGUACCAAAAGGAUAUGGAAAUUGUUCCUUCUAUAUCUGGUUAAAUACAUCGCUCAUUGAAGACAGUUCCAUUCAUUUACAUCGUAGUCAGUUGGAUAAUCUACAUAAACCCGAGAUAUCCCGUGUGUAUAAAGAGAAUUUUGGGAUGACACUUAAAUUUUGUAAUGUUGCCGAGAGUAAUGUUUGA